CACUCGCUCGCACACGCACGUACCCCAUUCGCGCUCGUCUUCUCCUCCUCUUCUUCUGCUUCUUCUUCUUCGUCGCGAUUUCUGGGUCGCGGAGGAAGGCCGACGAGCCGAUAUCGUCGUUGUGCCGAGAACCGAGGAAUGGCUCUCAGGUGGGGUUGCCCACAAGCGGAGGGACGCGGGACGGCGGCGAAAUGCGGGAGGCCGAGCCGUUUCGGCGCCUCUCUUGCACGGGCGGGCGGUGGGUUUCCGUCGUUUCUACCCAAGGAGGUGGAGAAGAUCAAGGAUCCUUUCGCUCGACGCUUGGCUCGGAGAAUCGAGAGGGUCCCAGUUCCAGUGCAGAUUGAAUUGACUGAUGGUUGGGUAAUGAGCAGUUGCGUGAAACCAUCAAUAAGAAGUAAGAACAAUCCGGUGGUCCUGCUACACUGCUUCGACAGUUCUUGUUUAGAGUGGAGAUGUGCAUAUCCUUUGCUUGAGGAGGCUGGUUUGGAAGUAUGGGCUGUUGAUGUCCUCGGAUGGGGAUUCUCUGACUUAGAGAAGCGUCCUCCAUGUGGUGUCUCAUCCAAGCGACAUCACCUCUAUCAGUUGUGGAAGUCCCAUAUAAGAAAGCCAAUGGUGUUAGUUGGACCAAGUCUGGGAGCUGCAGCUGCAAUCGACUUUGCUGUCAAUCACUCAGAAGCUGUUGAGAAGCUGGUCUUGAUCAAUGGGUGUGUUUAUGAGGAAGGCAUAGGUCAUCUAGCAAAAUUACCCAAGUCGAUCGCCUAUGCUGGGGUUUCUUUGCUGAAGAGCACUCCACUGCGGCUUUGUGCCAAUAUGCUGGCCUUCUACGGAAUCUCAUUGGCUACAUGUUGCGAUUGGACCAAUGUUGGGCGCUUACAUUGUCUAUUGCCAUGGUGGAAAGAUGCAAGCGUUAGUUUUAUGAGGAGUGGGGGUUAUAAUGUCCUUGACCAAAUAAAAGAGGUAAAGCAGAAAGUGCUCAUUGUCUAUGGCGAGCAUGACAGGAUAGUCACCAAGAAGCUCCAAGUGAGGCUCCACUGUGAACUGCCAAGUGCAAUCAUACGGCAAGUGCCGGAGUGCGGUCAUUUACUUCAUGUCGAGAAGCCCAAUGCCAUUGCGAAUUUGAUUGUGGAUUUCGUCCUAGGCGGUAACUGCUGAAGAAGUUCAUGUAGCGGGUCUUCCCUGUUUUCCUUUUUCAAUGACUGCUUAAAAACUAUAUAUAAACAGGUCUUUAAUGCAGACAUGGACAAGGUAGAUUUUUUCUCUGGCCUCCUUAAGGAUAUCUAUUUGGUUGUGCUUUCGAGUUCUAUACAAUGAUGUAUAUAAGGGAAAAAGAAAAAGGAUGCUUUUGACUCUUGUAAGCUCUUGGCGCUUUACGCUGCUUCUGUUAGUCCUUUGACAGCGUUCGCGAGUUUAGGGUU